CGGCUCUUGGGAAAUGAGCAGGUAGGAGGCUGAGACCGACCUCUGUGUGUUGGAACGGACCGCGAACCGCCGCGUAACGGGGGAGUGCGACAGUUAGCCAAGGUCACCGCGUCCCGGGCAGGCGGGGGCGCGGCUGGGCCUGCGGGACCCGCCCUGUUCGCCGCAUCCCCGGCCCGGCUCGGUCUACAGGGUCCCAGGAUGGCGGCGGCGUGGACGGACCCUGCGCAGGUUGUCCCAUUCCCAGAUCUGAGCUGAUCUACCAGCUAGAGCACGGGCAGGAGCCGUGGACAGUAAGGAAAGACCUCUCUCAAGGACUGUGUCCAGAUGACAAAGGAAAACCCAAGACUCCGGAACCUACCACUUGUGAGCCAGCCUUGUCUGAGGGAGUCUCACUCUGGGGACAACUCACAGAAGGAGCAUCAGGGGAACUCCAGCUGGGGCAAGCCAAGGAUCCAAACGGGCCAUGUGAAAUGCAGGGAGGACACUGGAGAACAGGGGUAGAUGCCCAAAAGGAGAAGCUUCCUGGGGAAACGAGCUCUGGACAUGAUAAUUUAGGGACAGCUGAUGGUAUGUGUUCAAGGACUGUGCAGGAGCAAGCCUGUUUAGGAGAUGCUGUCUAUGCCCGUGACUCACAUGGAUCAGGUAAAGAGCCCAUGCUUCAGGAAGAGGAAAAUGUCUUUAGAUGCAAUGAAUGUGGAAAAGUGUUUAACAAGAAAUGCCUGCUUGCACGGCAUGAGAGAAUUCACUCUGGAGUGAAACCCUAUGAAUGCACAGAAUGUGGGAAGACCUUUAGCAAGAGCACAUACCUCCUUCAACACCACAUGGUCCACACUGGGGAGAAGCCCUACAAGUGCAUGGAGUGUGGAAAGGCCUUCAACCGCAAGUCACAUCUUACUCAGCACCAGCGGAUUCACAGUGGAGAGAAGCCUUACAAGUGCAGUGAAUGUGGAAAGGCCUUCACCCACCGCUCCACUUUUGUCUUGCAUAAUAGAAGCCACACUGGAGAAAAACCCUUUGUGUGCAAAGAAUGUGGCAAAGCCUUUCGAGAUAGACCAGGUUUCAUUCGACACUAUAUCAUCCACAGCGGUGAGAAUCCCUAUGAGUGCUUCGAGUGUGGCAAGGUCUUCAAACAUAGGUCAUACCUCAUGUGGCACCAGCAGACUCACACUGGAGAGAAGCCCUAUGAGUGCAGUGAGUGUGGGAAAGCCUUUUGCGAGAGCGCAGCCCUGAUUCACCACUAUGUCAUCCACACCGGGGAGAAGCCCUUCGAGUGCCUCGAGUGUGGGAAGGCCUUCAACCACAGGUCGUACCUCAAGAGGCACCAGCGGAUUCACACUGGGGAGAAGCCUUACGUGUGCAGUGAAUGUGGAAAGGCCUUCACCCACUGCUCUACUUUUAUCCUGCAUAAAAGGGCCCACACUGGAGAAAAACCUUUCGAGUGCAAAGAAUGUGGAAAAGCCUUUAGCAAUAGGGCAGACCUCAUUCGCCACUUCAGCAUCCACACUGGAGAGAAGCCCUACGAGUGCAUGGAGUGUGGGAAGGCCUUCAACCGCAGGUCAGGCCUCACCAGGCACCAGCGGAUUCACAGUGGAGAGAAGCCCUAUGAAUGCAUCGAGUGUGGGAAAACCUUUUGCUGGAGCACAAACCUCAUUCGACACUCGAUCAUCCACACUGGAGAGAAGCCGUACGAGUGCAGUGAAUGUGGAAAGGCCUUCAGUCGCAGCUCAUCCCUCACUCAGCAUCAAAGGAUGCACACGGGCCGAAACCCUGUCGGUGUAACGGAUGUGGGAAGACCUUUUACAAGUGGGCAAACCUCAGUCAACAUCCAAGAACUUUUACUGGGGAAGAACUUUCUGAAUGUAACCACUGAGGAAAAUCUUUUGCGGGAAGGAACAUCUUACAUAGGAUCAGAUCGUGCAUACCAAAGAGAAACCCCACAAGUGUCUUCACUGUGAGAAAGCCUGUUGCAGAAUAUCACUUGUCACCUAAGGAGUCAUAUUAGAAAUUCAGCCAGUUUAGAGCCUUACUCUCCAUCUAAGAAUUCACCCAGGAGAAAGAUCCAGGGGUUAUCUGUGCACUUAGGAAAAUCUUUAGCUACUCCUAGUUUACAGUGCAAUGUUAUCUCAGGAAUUUUUACAAAAAGAAGGAGGUGACAGAGAAAAGAAAAAGAAAUACAAGCACUGCUUCUUUCCUACUACUCUUGUAUAUACAGUCAUUGCUAUCCAGCGUCAGGAAAGUUAGACGGUUGAGGGCCAGUCUAGCAUCUUAGCGAAUGUUGUCUUUGUUCCACAACAUGUCUCUAUCCUUGAGGAGCAUACUCUUUUUGAAAAAUAUGAAGGCUUGAGUUACGAAAUACUUU